AUGGCUGAAAAAUCACGCGCUAAUGACUAUGAGAUUAUUGGAGAUCUCGAUAAGUCUAGAAACCUCUUAAAAGUUGUUAGGAAAUGUAAUAUUUAGGCAGCUGACAAUAGCACUUAUGCUAUGAAAGUGGUUAAAAUCCCUCAAUCUGAGAAAAGAAAUCAGCAGGAAUUAAUAAAUGAAGUGAAAAUCUUGACAAACUUAAAGCAGCAGGAUUCAUUUAGAUAUUUUGACUCCUUUUUUGAGAAAAAUACUUUGCAUGUGGUAUAGAUUUUUCACUUUAAUAGAUCAUUAUUGACCGUCUGCUCAUUUUAAAGGUAGUAUUUCGAAAUAUCAGUUUUUUUGAUAAGCCAAAACGAAUUUUAAGAAGCCUAAUUAGUCUUUAUUUAGACCCUAUUUUUUCAGACUUGUAUUUUGAAUGACCAUAGCGAUCUAUUACGGUGGAUAAGAUAUAAUGGAAUUAAAUGAAAAAAGUGAUCUAAGUAAUCAAAUAAAAUCCCAAAUAGAAGGAAAUCAAUUAAUUCACCUUUGCUUAAGACAGAAGCGAGCCAGAGAAUCUCUUUCUAAAAUCAGAGAUAACUUGCCUGACAUAAGUGAAUUAAAAAGACCAAAAAUAGAAAGAAGUAAAGCUUUUUAUUGGGGAAAUUUUAAGAGUAUAAUUUAUGCACACCAUAAUAGAUCGCUGCGUUCCAGGAGAAUACCAGCACCAAAAAAAUAUCGUACAGGACACUUUUCUUAUAUAGAGUCUCAGUCUGAUUAGGCAUAAACGGAGAUUUGCCAUUUUCUUUACACUUUUCAAAAAAACUGGCAGGUGCAAAUUUAUUUUAAAAAUUAAAAUGCAUGGUCAAUUAUGGUCUAAAAAUUGUCAGGGGCUAUAGGUAUGUGAGGUCUUCAAGCAACGAGAGAAAUGAUAACAGAUGAAGAGAAGAUUUGCCAGUGGUAGAAAUUGGCAAUAAAAAUCAAGAAGAAUCUGAAGGGAGCCUGGAAUCAUGGAAAAAGAAGAAUUUAAAUCAAAGUUGUGUUGAAGAAGUUAUAGUAAAUAAAAGAGAUAUCCGAACCACUCAUGAAAUGGAAAAUCCAAUAAAUGAAUUACAAAAAGAUCAACAAACAAUAAAAGCUUCAAAUAUUUUUUACCCAUCAUUUUUUGUUCAUAAUCCUAAUUCACGCUUCAAUAAAAAUUAACUUCUAUAUAUUAAAAAAAAUUCUAUAAUAAGCAUUCAAAUAAUCGUUUUUUUAAUCCUAUGGCAUUCAGGAGAGUAAAGAAAUUCCAAUAGAAGACUCAGGCUUUGUUGAUGACAAUGAUGAGCUUAUAAAUAUCGAAAGCGAUGCAACUCCAACAUUUAAUAAACAGCCAAGCACUAUCCAAUCAUUUUUUGCUCCAGAUUCUAUUCAAACUCAAGCCUCAACGCUAACAAAAGAUUCGGAGCUUAAGCUAAAACCUAUUCAAGGCACAUCGUCGAUACCAAUAAAUCAAUCAGUUUCUCCAUCAUUUUUUACCCAAAGCCAAAAAGAAACUAUUUUUAGUCCUCCAGAAGAAAAAUCUUUAGAAAGCAAGCCAAUAAAUUGCCAACCCCCAAAAAAUUCAGUGCCUUUAUGCCCAUCAUUUUUUGUACAAAAUCCUCAAGAGGUUCCAAUUGAAGACUCUGGGUUUGUUGAUGAGUCCAGCAACGAUUCAUCAAAAAUCCAAGAAAAUGCUUCUCCAGCUCAAAAUAAAACAGAUACCCAAGAAAAUAAAGGCAGUCUAUUUCAAUCUCCAAUUCAAAGCUCAUUUAAACCCCUAUUUGAGAAAAAGCCAAACCCUUUAACAGUUGGAAAGCCCCAAAUAAUAGAUAAAAAUUUGCAGAGUCCUAUUUUCACUAAAACAACUUCUUUGCCUUUAUAUACAAAAACAGCUCCCCUUUCUCUAUUCUAAUUAAAACUGUAUAGUAAAAAAUCAUUAUUAUUUAUAUAAUUUUAAUAUUCAUAUUAAUAAGUAUAGGUACAAAAACGAGCUCUCUGCCUUCAUUUUUCGUAACUAAUCCUUCAAGUGAAAUUCCUUUAGAAGACCCUGGAUUUAUGGAUGAUGCAGAUGAAAAUUCUGAAAAAGAAAUUGAAGAAAAUCCUCCAAAGCUUGAUAAUAAGCUUUCAUUAUUCAAUCCAUCACCAAUAAGCUCGCAGGUUAAAUCAAUAUUUGACAAAUCAUCUGAAAAUAAAGCAGCUAGUCUAUUUGGAGGAUCUUUGUUCACCCAAACAAAUCAAGACUCUCAGCCUAAGCUGUCAUUGCUUUCAUCCCAAACAGCAGAAACCAAAUCCUUGUUCGAUAAAUCUGCCCCAUCAUUAUUUUCAACUCAAGCAGCAGCAACCAAAUCCUUGUUCGAUAAACCAGCCCCAUCAUUAUUUUCAUCUCAAAAUCAAGGAACUAAAUCUUUGUUUUCAGCUCAGCCUAUAUCUGAUAAGCCUUCUUCAUCGCUUUUUCCAACUCAGCCUAUAUCUGAUAAGCCUUCCUCAUCGCUAUUUUCAGCUCAAAAUACUUCCGAUAAAGCAGCCCCUUCAUUAUUUUCAGCUCAGCCUACAUCAGAUAAGCCUUGCUUAUUUGCAAACCAAUCUACGUCUGAUAAAGCUGUUUCACUAUUUUCAAAUAAAGAAACUAAAUCUUUAUUUGACAAAAAUUCUUCAUUUUCUGCUCAAAAGUCAAUAUUUGAUAGUACACCAACUCAAAAAAAAGAAGAAAAAUCUUUAUUUGGCCAAACACCACUUAACCAAAAACAGGAACCUGGAUCUUUAUUUGGCAAUUCUUCUACUGCAGCAAACAAUCAAAAUCUUAUAUCAGCUGCCAAGCCACAAGCAAAUAAUCAAACUUCUUCAUUUUUCGUCCAAAAUGUAACAGCUGAUAUACCAUUUGAUGACCCAGGCUUAAUAAUUAAAUAUGGCGCUUCAGCUUAGACAUGGCCUCCCGGCCAUGCAACCUCAGGCAAAUAUUUAAUUAUAUCCGGCAAGGUUUUACCAAGCUGGAAAUGAACAGCCUUUUUGCCGACAGUCGUCCAGAAAAUCCAUUUUUUUGAUUUUUCUGUGCAGACAACCUCGUCGCUGCAGCCUGAAGCAAGGCCCGGGAAUUCGUAGUCUGCCCACUCAGCACUGGAGCCCAAUGGAAGUAGCAAGGAGGAAGUGACGGCCAGGCAAUCCGCCUUUUCGGCAAUCGGAAGUAGACGCUACCACAGAAUGAAUCCCCUGGUGAGAUCUCGGUAACCGAGUUAGCAAAGUGGACUCAAACCACCCAAUAAGUUAAGUUAAGAUGACCCAGGCUUUGCUGAUGAUUCAAAUCCAAAUUCUGAAGAUGGCGAAGGAAUUGAAGAGUCUAAACCUUCUGGCCCACAAAAUUCAUUAUUUGGGCAAAGAGUAGAAAUAUCAACUACAAGUUCUCCAUUUAAGAAUAUUUUUGAAGCAAAGACUGAUGAGAAACCUAAAGGAGGGUCACUUUUUGAUAUUAAAAGUGAGGGAAAAUCUACAGGAGGAUCACUUUUCGAUUUAAAAUAUGAUGAGAAGCCUAAAGAAGGGUCACUUUUUGAUAUUAAAAGUGAGGGAAGAUCUACAGGAGGAUCACUUUUCGAUUUAAAAUAUGAUGAGAAGCCUAAAGAAGGGUCACUUUUUGGUAUAAAAAAUGAAAAUAAGCCUAUAGAAGGGUCACUCUUUGGUAAAAAAAAUGAUGAGAAACCUAAAGAAGGGUUACUUUUUGGUAUAAAAAAUGAAGAUAAACCUACAGAAGGGUCUCUUUUUGGUAAAAAAAAUGAUGAGAAACCAAAAAUGCCUAUUUUUGAAGAAAAAAGACCUGAAAUGAGUCUCCAAACUCCAACUUUUCGAGCUGAAACUCAAAGCAGCCCACAAGUGUCCUCAUUUUUUGUAUCAAAUCCUACCUCUGAAAUACCUUUACUCCCCCUACGUGAACGAAAAAAUAAAUUUUGCUAUUUUUUUUUUAAAAAAAUUUAUAUAUAAUUUUUUAAAAAUUUAAAUAUCCAAAUUCGCAAAAAAUUGGAAAGCAAAUAUUUAUUUAAUUUGUAAAAUUUAUUUAUGUUUUAAAAUGCAAGCUCUUUAAAAUUAAACAGGAUUAGCUACAGAUUUCAUUAUACUAACUAUAAUUAUAUGUCAAAAAAAAAAAUUAUAAAAUUAUUCUAUAUUAAAAGGAUUUUGCAAUCGCUUUUCUUGUUCACGGAGGGAGGAGUUAGAAGACCCUGGAUUUUUAGACCAAGACUCUGAAAAAGAUUCAUCUGAAGCCCAAAAAGAAGCAUCUCCACAAGAACCUAAAUUAUCCUUAUUUAAAGGAGUGCCUCAGCCAGCCCCUCCAUCAAAUUCUCUAUUAAAAUCAAUUUUUGAAAAAAAACCUGACGAAAAGAGCACCUCUUCUAAUAGCUCUUUGCCUAAAACAAACGCUUUUCCAUCAUUUUUUGUUGCAAAUCCUAUUGCAGAAGUCCCUAUAGAAGAUCCAGGCUUUUUAAAGCAUUCUAAUGAUAAUUCAGCUGAUGAAGAUGCAGCAGAAACGGUAAAGCCAAUCGCAAAACCAUCAUUAUUUGGGACUCCUAUGCCGAACGAAAAGACUACUCCUAUAGCGUCAUUAUUUGGAGGCUUUUUUAAAAAUCCUGCACAAAUGCAAAGCACAGCGGCAUCUCAGUCACUUUUCUCACCAUCGAAUAUUACACAAAUCCCAUACAAAUUUAGUACUCCAGGAAAUCCAAUUCAAAUGAAACCGGGUACAUUUUCAUCAUUUUUUGUAGCAAAUCCUCCUGCAGAAAUUCCUUUAGAAGAUCCAGGAUUUGCUGAAGACUCAGAUAAGGAAGAGCCAGAAGCGUCUUAA